ACCAUGGCGUCUCGGCCGCAUCCCCGGCCGCUUGGGGUGGUGGUGGGGUUUGAGUGGGGGGUCCCUGGCGGCCUCGGCACCCUCUCUGAGCCCCUUUGCUUCGGGGGUCGGGACCCAACAAUUAUAGCUUGAUUUUCCCGCCCUGUCCCUUCCGCCUGGUGGGCUGACCCCGCAGGGCCUCCGUAGAGCUCCGCCCACCCUUUUCCUCUUACUGAGGGGGAAAGUGGCCGGGAGGAGAGGAUGCGCUGCCCCGGCCUUUCCCUUAGUACUGUAGAGACCACCCUUACACGUGAGGGCAAGGCCUCAUUGGGCCUCUCCUAGAGCCUCUGGAGCUUAGCCCGGGCCCGCCGAUAUCCGUGCUCUGUUGUCACUCCUCCGGGCGGUUUGCCAUUCCCUUUUCCCGCUUAUUUGACAGGAGCAACCACUAAGGAAGAAUGCAGAAAUCAGAAAGUCAUGGAAGCCUGCAGAUGAGAAACCGAGUAACAGGCACCUGUGAACAAAGAACGUCAUCAGGUUCCCAAGUAAAACACAGAUCGGUAAUACACCAAAAUAAGGCAUCCUCCACCAAUUCUAUAAAUUUUGCAAAGAAGCCUCACCCUCGGCCAAGUGAUAAACUUAAUCCUAAAACUAUUGACCCGUUCAGUGAUCAGCCACGUGCCUCUUCUGCUUUUGCUGCUAUUUACUCCAAAGGAGGUAUCCCUUGCAGGUUGGUACAUGGCUCAGUAAAACACAGAUUACAGUGGGACUGCCUUCCUGAAACUCUUCCAUUUGAUCCUCUUCUUAUUACUUUAGCAGAGGGUUUGAGAGAGACUAAACAUCCAUAUACAUUUGUAUCAAAAGAAGGUUUUAAAGAAUUACUUUUGGUACAAGGUGCUACUGAAAAAGCCGUGCCCUUGCUACCGAGACUGAUUCCUGUCUUGAAGGCUGCUCUGACUCAUUCAGAUGGUGAAGUGUUUGAAAGGGGGUUGAAUGCUUUAGUACAGUUGAGUAGUGUUGUCGGGCCUUCUCUAAAUGAUCAUCUGAAGCAUUUGCUUACAAGUCUUUCCAAAAGACUAAUGGAUAAGAAAUUCAAAGAGCCAAUCACCAGUGCUUUACAAAAGCUAGAACACCAUGGUGGAGGUGGCAGUCUGAUGAUUAUCAAAGCUAAAAUUCCAACCUAUUGUUCCAUCUCCUCUUAAACCAAAGGAAUAAAACGAUUUGAUUAAAUGGUGAGAGAUAUCAGAAGCAUGUGAUGAACAUCAUAGGAUCCCAUUUGAAUAAGUUCCUUUUCUUAAUCACAGCUCCUGAUAUAUUUACAUGAUAAAAAUUAGUACACAGAACUGAUUCCAUUGAAUCACAGUAAAUUCACAUUUAUCAGCUUGGGAAAAUGGAAAAUAAUGGAAAACUAUUGAAAGGACUUUUAUAGUGCAAUUUAUGGGGUUUAUCAGUUUUUUUUCCCCUUGCUACAUUGGUUUGUAUUAAGAACCAGAGUUUUGUUUACAGUUUCAGAUUUGAUAUUUAUAUUUUAGUUAGCAUAUCAAUCACUUAAGUGAUUGUACUAGUUUUUCAUAAUGACUCUGUCAUACUUUGAUAGGUCUAAAAAUCCUACAAAGUCAUAGAAAUUAUAAGAAUUAAACUGGUAACUCACUGAUAAAUUAUUGCUUAUAAACAGGUAUUUUUAUAAUAUGGAAUGCUUGGUGAAAACAUCCAGAAUGUGACUUUUUAUUAGUGUAAAUUUCUACAUGUUAAGGUGUAAAUUAUUAUUUUACAACUUGCUAAAACUAUAGAUGAGUUUAGAUGUUGUAACAAGUAAAUAUUAUUUUAUAUUUCCUUACCUUAAAGAAAUAUGACUUGUGGAAUGGAAUAUUUAAGAAUUCAACUCUUGAAAUUCCAGAUUGUAUUCACAAAACUUUUAGUGUUAACUUGUUAACUCUUUUCCCCUUAAAAUGACUUAAU